AUGUCAGCGGACACCUUGAAAGAUCUCUCUCAAACCACAGAGCGCUUGGACAGACCAGACGCCUCCAGAACGUACAUCUACACCCACGCCUGCCCAUGCACAGGAAAAAGACGCAUCCGUGACAACAACAACAGCACCUACAGACACCCUCUCCAACUCCCGCUCUUCCCUGUGGCUCUCAUCCUCGUCCCCUUGCUGCUCUGUCUCUGGGGCCACCAGGCCCAAGGAGUCGUCCACUCCAGCUUCCGCCGCCUCAGCAGCCGAGAGAAGAAAGAGAUGCAGAGGGAGAUCCUGUCCAUCCUGGGUCUACCGGGUCGGCCCAGACCCCAUCCUCCCCUCCGACCGCCCUCCUCAGCCCCCCUCUUCAUGCUGGACCUGUACCAUGCUGUGUCGGCCGAGGGGGAUGAGGGAAAUGGAAUAGGGAAUGAGGUAGGGGGACUGGGGUUCGGCAGUCUGGACGGGUUGACGGGCCACGUCAGCCAUGCCGCACUGCCCACUCUCAGCACACACACGCCGCCGCUGGGGACGGUGGUCAGCGAGGCCGAUACGGUCAUGAGCUUCGUUAAUCUGGUGGAGCAGGAGCGGGACCUGCUGCAGCCACGGCCGUACUGGAAGGAGUUCCGUUUUGACCUGACGCCCCUCCCCCAGGGGGAGACAGUCACGGCUGCAGAGUUCCGCAUUUACAAGACCCUGACCAUGGGCCAGAGGGCCAACCGCACCCUGCACAUCUCUGUCUACGAGAUCCAACGGGAGAACAAACACAGAGAGCCAGAGCUGGUGCUGCUGGACAUUCAGUCAGUGCCCGCGGGGCAGGAGGGCUGGCUGGCUUUUGACGUGACCUCUGCCAGCAACCGUUGGCUCCUGCACCCCCGCAGCAACCUGGGCAUUCGUCUCUAUGUGGAGACAGAGGAGGACCGGUCCUUGUCAGCUGGGUGGGUAGGCUUGGUGGGUCGAAGGGGCCCCCGCUCCAAACAGCCCUUCAUGGUGACCUUCUUCAGAGCCAGCCAGGUCCCCUGUCGCCCCCCACGCGCCCUGAAACCCAACCCCCGCAAGAGGAAGCCCAAAUAUGACCUGCCCCUGCCCAGUAUACAUGGUGAGGUCCUACAAGAUCACAGCCACGUCAACAGUGGGCGUCAGGCUUGUAAGAGACAUGAAUUAUAUGUGAGCUUUAGUGACCUAGGCUGGAAGGACUGGGUCCUGGCUCCUACGGGUUACUCUGCCUUCUACUGUGAUGGAGAAUGCCUAUACCCUCUGGGGUCCUGCAUGAACGCCACCAACCACGCUAUGAUCCAACUAGUGGUUCACCUUUUGAAGCCGGAUGAGGUUCCAAAAGCGUGCUGCGCACCCACCAAGCUCAGUCCCAUCUCUGUACUCUUCUACGACGACAACAACAAUGUGAUCCUAAAGAAGCAUCGCAACAUGGUGGUCAAGACCUGUGGAUGCCUGUGA